CCGUCUAAUAUUUUUUAUGUAACCGAGAAGCCGAACUUCCCGUUGCUGUUAUUUCRCAUAAUAUUAUACAUAAUAUAUUCAUCUAAUUAAUUGACGCAAUUAACCAUACCAAACCAGAUCGAGUUUAAAUUAUUUAUAUUUCUAAUCGUCCGGAGUACRAACCUUGACCAUUCUAUUUCAUUUCGACCGUUUAGUUAGACGCUCACCUCUGUUUCUCGCGUAUUGAAUAACUUGAUAAUAUUACACAUUUAUAUCUACCAAUAUAAAUUAAAUUGUUUUUUUUUAACGUUCUACAACAAUGGCGAAAAUCAGUGCCGGACCCGUUGUUGACAUAUUGGGUGAUGAGAUGACCCGCAUCAUCUGGGAUUUGAUUAAGGAAAAACUCAUCCUGCCAUUCUUGGACAUCGAGCUCCAUGUUUAUGACUUGGGCAUGGAAAACCGAGACUUAACCAACGAUCAAGUGACAAUAGACUGUGCCGAAGCCGUGAAGAAAUAUAAUGUCGGGAUCAAAUGUGCUACGAUUACGCCUGAUGAAAAGCGUGUUGAAGAAUUCAAACUGAAGAAAAUGUGGAAGAGCCCCAAUGGCACAAUUAGAAACGUUCUCGGAGGUACAGUGUUCAGAGAAGCCAUUGUAUGCAAAAACAUUCCUAGGUUGGUCACUGGAUGGGAAAAACCUAUUAUAAUUGGAAGACAUGCUCAUGCUGAUCAAUAUAAAGCUACAGACUACAUUGUACCUGGAGCUGGCAAACUUACAUUGACAUGGACCUCUAGUGACGGUAAAGAUAAAAUUGAAGAAGUCAUCAAUGAUUUCAAAGGUGCAGGAGUUGCAUUAGGAAUGUUUAACACGGAUGCAUCUAUUGUUGAUUUUGCGCAUUCUUCAUUCAAGUUUGCUUUAUCUAGGAAUCUUCCAUUAUAUUUGAGUACUAAAAACACCAUCUUAAAAAAAUAUGAUGGUCGUUUCAAAGACAUUUUCCAAGAAAUUUAUGAAUCACUAUACAAACCAUUGUAUGAAGCCAAAGGUAUUUGGUAUGAACAUAGGUUAAUUGACGACAUGGUAGCCUAUGCCAUGAAAUCUGAAGGAGGAUUUGUAUGGGCAUGUAAAAAUUAUGAUGGUGAUGUUCAAUCAGAUUCUAUUGCUCAGGGUUAUGGAUCAUUGGGUUUAAUGACAUCUGUAUUGAUUUGCCCUGAUGGUAAAACUGUUGAAUCUGAAGCUGCACAUGGAACCGUGACAAGACAUUAUCGUAUGCAUCAACAAGGUAAAGAAACAUCUACUAAUCCAAUUGCAUCCAUUUUUGCAUGGACAAGAGGAUUAUUGCAUAGAGCAAAAUUGGAUAACAAUCAGCAAUUAGAAGACUUUGCCAACAAAUUGGAGGAGGUUUGCAUUGAAACAAUAGAAGCUGGAUUCAUGACUAAAGAUUUGGCCAUAUGCGUYAAAGGAAUAAACGGUGUUCAAAGAUCAGAUUAUUUGAAUACAUUUGAAUUUUUGGACAAAUUGGCUGAAAAUUUGAAACUUAAAUUAAAAAUCUCAUGCAAAUAGUAAUUAUUGAAAAUAUUUAAGCUUGAAUUUUUGGCCAUAUUUUAUUCUAUUUAUACUUAAUAAUAAUAUUUUAUUUAUUUAUUUUAUUUUUUUAAAGAUUCUGGUUUCUUCAUUGUGCUAUAGCGAAAUACAAAAAUGUUGUAACUUUCUUCUGAUCGGUGGUAGUUAUUCAUUUAUACAUUAUUAGUCCAAAUACAAUUAGGUGUAGGUGCAUAUUUUGGGAACUACUUUAAUUUAACGAGACUGCUGAUAAAUGUUAUCAAAAAACAAAAAUGUAUUUCUUAUAACAAACAUUAUAGUAUGUCAUAUUAUUGUCAUUAUUGCUAAAAAUAAAACUUGCAUGUUACAUUAUCUUAAUAUUUAACUGUCUUAUUGUUAAGUUCAAAUCAUACCUACAAAUGUGUUUAAAUUAUCUUGAAGUUAAAUGCAAAUAUAAUGCCAGAAUAAUAAUAAA